CCUGAGCGGAGGAGCAGCAGGCAGACAGCCCCAAGCUUGCUUGCGUUCCCCUGGCCAGAGCCUCCUUCCUGGUCUUGUAGCUAGCCAGCUUGGCCAGGGCUCAGAGGAAGUCAACCAGGAGAUCCUGGGGCUUGGUGGGGCCACAAAUGGGGAAUAAAUAACAAAAAGGUGCAAGAAGUGCAGCCAGGACCACAGCAGUAACGCGUAGUGGGCGCCUCGUACAAAAUCUCCUUUGGAAAAGCCUAAGUUGCUGUCUUCCUUGACUCGCCAGGACUCGUUCCAUGUUGCCUGCAGCUUUAAAACAUGCAAGCAUUUCCUUUUAAUGCAGAUAGUGCUGGAGCAACGUUGUAGGCAGGAUGAUCCAGAAAUGACCGCAGAGGCAAGGCUUUCCCAGGGCACUGUCUUUUAUUGGACCAUCUUUGUAGUUGGGAGCGAGUUUAGAUGAGCUUGAGAAUGCAAGACAUUUGUCCUCUUAGGUCUGAUUGUGGUGAGCCAGGCUCAGCACCACUUGUGAAAUACAAAGAAAAUUGUGCUUGGCUUUAGUAAAACACACCUGUUCAGCAGGGUUCAGAUUAAGUCAGUCCAGAUAUGGGUAUGCUUUCUCAAUAAUCCAUUUAUUGUGUUUUGAAAACAAUAGUAUUCUAUGCUUGACUCGUGUUUGGACCUGAAGAAGAACAUCUUGUAUCUGAAAGCUUGUCUUACUCUCUCCCAACUACAGAGGUGGUCCAAUAAAAGAUGGCACCCUAAGAAAUCACAGAAUCAAAAAAUGUGGGUUGGGAGGGACCUCAGGAGGUCACAUCUAGUCCAACCCCCUGCUUAAAGCAGGACCAUCCCCAACUAGAUUAUCCCAGCCAAGGCUUUGUCUAGCUGGGUCUUAAAAACCUCCAAGGGCAGAGAUUCCACCACCUCUCUGGGUAGCCUGUUCCACUACCCUCCAGCUUCACUACCCUCCAGUGAGGGAGUCCUUCCUAAUAUUUAAUUUAAACUUGCUUUGCUGCAACUUGAGACAGUUGCUUCAUCCUCUGUCAUAAUUUCUGGACCAUCCUGGCUACAAUUGCUCAUGCACUACCUGCGUAAGAGAGAAUUUUUGUAUAUUUUAGCAUUUCCAUUUUUUUGCACAUUCGUGGUUCAUGUCAUUCGUACUGAGAUGGGCGUAACCUAGAAUGUUCAGCUGUGUGGUUCAGCAGGCUGCCCAGGGAGCUCACCAGCCCAGGCAAGUUCAGUUAAAUGUGGGACGCUGAGAACAGGAACACAGUGUUAGGUAGGCUUUAUGUAACCUGAUUUGCUACUCUGCUUGAAAAAGGCCCAAUUGUUUAAAAACUUCCAUUAAUAGUUUGUUUGUUUAUUUUUACUUUACUGAUUUUAUUUGUGUGUCUCUUGGUCUUGAAAGUUGAAAACCAAGGCUUAGUAACUACAUGGCGCCAAAUAUUCACUUGGUUAUUUAAUAAUAAUAAUGUACACAAUGAUGUCUUGUUCUCCAAGAUCUUAGUAUCUGAAGUGGAACACAAGUAAAAUUGUUUUUGGCUUCAGUAAAAUACUUCUGUUAAGUAGGGUUCAGAUGAAGUAAUUCCAAAUAUGUUGUUCUUUUUCAAUAAUCCAUUAACUCUGUGUAAAAAAAUUAAUAAUAAUAAAAAUUUAAAAAAUAAAUAUAAAUUAUGUAUUAUCUUAAAACACUUGUGUAAAGUGUCAUUGUUGGUUAGUAAGACUACUGGGGGUUUUCCAUUGCCAGCACAAAUCCCUCUAAGCAUAAUUUAACAACCAAAUCGAACUGCGUAUUACAUAACUGUAAGACUAAAUGAAACUUUUCAAGAAAAGACAACUGCUAAGGCACAAAGAAAGAAUGGGUCCUCUUGAUAUUCAGUUAGCUAAAAAAUAGGAACUGCAAAAGCAGUAAUUUUAUAAUGGGACUGUUGUAGUCCCUGCAUCCUCCUAAGUCUGCUUUACUUGCCCUUUAUAAAGUGUCUGUGAUGUAAAGGUUAAGAAAAUUGUUUAUUUUUACUGACUUUUCAUUUUGCCCAAUAUUUGAAUGCUUGGUGAGUGCCACAGAGGAAGAGCUAGGGAUCCAUCUAGUCCAGUGACCUUUCUCUGACAGCAGCCAAUGCCAGAUAUUUUGGAGUAGAGGUUUCAAAUUCUUUGAGGGCUGGAUCCAUCCUGGGCACAAAGAAGACUGUGACCAUUCAGCGGCAUCUCUGGCUGCAACCCUGAGCAUGCAGCUCCAGCUCCAGCUCUGACUCAAAGCACAUGGCCAGGGAGAUAGGUGACACAACAGGAGGGUAACUGGGCCUGUGUCAGCCUUUGUUUACUCUCCUGCUACCAGUCACCUUGUCUACCAGGGCCUGAGGGCCUGGAUUCUGCAACAGGCCACUGUUUCCUCUUUCUUCCCACAGCCAUGCUUCCUACUGGCCCACCAGUAGUCAGGCAGAUCAGUGAGUCAGUGGAUGUCUGAAAGUUGACUUGAGCGUAAGCAUUGAGAUGUUUGGCCAUUUGAGAACUGUGAGGAGGUUGUGUCUGGAGAAAAUAUUGCUGCAGUGGAUUCUUCAAGCAAGAGCUUUGUCAGGGGCUGAUGCCAUCAAUGCUCUCAGACCUUUCUAUUUUGCUGUGCAUCCAGAUUUCUUUGGCCAGCAUCCUAGAGAGAGGGAAAUCAAUGAAAACUCUCUGAAGAGGCUAAAUGGUUAUUUAGAGAAUAUACAGAAACCAGGAUAUAAACCUUUUACACCAACUCGUCUCACAUUUUACGUGAGAGAGAGAGAGCACAAUUCUUCUAGUGUCCAAGAAUCCCUCAGUCCUUCAGGAUUUCGAGCAGUCAGUUUUACUUUGCACACCAGGGACCUGCUAAGCACAGUAUUAGAUAUUCUCAACUCCUGCAGCUUAUCUACUGAACAUGUUCAGAGCCUGAAUGCAAGUGUGGACUCUCAACCCCACAAGGAAGCAAAAGGGACAUUCUACAGGCCAAUCAAAUGGGACAAGACUUAUUAUUCAUUUACUGGAUUCAAGGAUCCUGAGGAAGAAUUAGAGCAAGCCCAGAAAAUGGAAACUACCCUAAUUUCCUGGCUAGAGAAUAAUGAAGAAAGUGCAAUAAAGAAGCUGAAGAACAGCUUGCCACGUAGGAAGGAACUAGAGCGUUUAAAAAGUGAACUCUGUCAUCAACUACAGCUCUCUGAUAUCAGGUGGCAAAGAAGUUGGGAUAUUGCUCAUCGUUGUAGCCAGCUGCACAGUUUAAGUCGUUUAGCUCACCAGAGACCAGAAGUUCUAAUGAAUGUUAAAGGAUACACAGUUAUAUUUACAGAUUGUUCAGGUCUGAGUGCAACAGGCCACAUAAUGCUUGGGACCAUGGAUGUUCAUCACCACUGGACCAAAAUUUUUGAGAUAUUGCCAAACUAUAAGAAACUUCAAAAAAAGCUGCUCCUUCUGGAGGACCAGAUAAGCCAUCUACUAGGAGGCAUACAAAUAACAUACAUUGAAGAGCUUCAGCCACUUUUGACUCUUGAAGAGUAUUACACUACUCUUGAUGCUUUCUAUACUAGAUUACUGAAUAGUAGACUACUUUUUCACCCUCGUAGUCUGCGGGGCUUGAAAAUGAUUCUAGAAAGUGAUAGGUAUGCCCCAAGCUUGCAUGAACUUGGACAUUUUAGCAUCCCAGCAGUUUGUGAUCCAGCAACCCUUCAGUGGUUUAUUAUUACCAAAGCACAACAAGCAAGAGAGAAUCUGAAAAAAAAAGAAGACCUCUUCAGCAUUAUGCAUCAUCAUCAGAAAAUGUGCAUUGGAUCGAUCCUAGUUGGAGACAGGCUGAUGGCGAUGGAAAAGGAGCUAAUUAGUACUUCCACUGAAAAAUUUUCCCUGAAACAGCUGUAUAAGGAGCCCAGUGUUUCCAGUGCACAGAUGAUAAAUUGUUGUAAGCGACUGCUAGAAGAAUCACUACCAUAUCUACAAGGCAUGCACCUCUGCGUUUCACACUUUUACUCUGUGCUGCAGGAUGGAGAUCUUUGUAUCCCUUGGAACUGGAAAAGCUGAGGACUUGUCUGUUAACAAUAUGAAUAUGUUUAUUUUCUGUAAGAAGCUAUAAAUGCAAAUUAGAUUAUUUUUAGUGUAAAUUAUUUAAAUCUGUAUUUUGAUAUCAGUAUUCAAUCCAAGACUUUCUUUAACUGCUGCUCAGAAAAUAGAACUGGAGUCCUAGACUGUUGCUGAUUAAUGUCCAGUAUCUCCAGGUCUUGCACAGUUUCUAUACUUAUCUACAAAUCCCAGCAUGGAGUAAGGGUCAUUAAAAGGAUAUUUUUUUUAUAGUAAUUUAAGCAAAACUUUUGAAUUAAAUCUGAAGGUUGCAAAAAUGUGUGUGGAUUUAAAAAAAAAAAAAAAAGAUAUCUAUAUCUAUCUAUAUAUAUGGCUGUCCUAGGGUAUAUAUUCCUAGAUAUAUAAGAGAUUGUAUGUACCUCUAAAAAUAGGUACUAGGUAUUAUCUAUACCAGAAAUUACUGAACUGAAAAACUGACAUACUAAGCUGGGGAUAGCAAAAGCUGUGGAUUCAUAAUUCUCAGUUCUUUCAUAUAUCAUUAGUUAUCUGGUGCCAAUAUUAAAGUUUCAUACUGCAGUACAAAAACAAAAGGGAAAAUCAUUUAGUAUAUUUUACUUUUCAAAUAAAUUCAGUACUCUGA